AUGCUCGACGUCCACGUCUCUCCGCCCAUGUUCCAGCUGAUUGCUGGGACGGUUCUCCUUACAGGUUUGAUCUCCAUUGGACUUUGGUUAAAGAACCUCUAUCACGACCCAUUCCCCUUUAUCGACGGUCCUCCGACCAAAAAUCUGGUGUUCGGACACUUUCCUGAAAUCCUUCGCGAAGAAGUCGGUGUUGUCUACCAUCGGUGGCAUGAGCAGUAUGGCCCUGUGUACAAGGUUCGAGGGUUUAUGGGCUCAAUCAGAUUGGUCAUCAACGAUCCAGUCGCUACCCGACAUAUCAUGGUGAAUAAUGGCUACAAUUGGGGCAAACAUGAAGGCGUCCGCGUCGUAUUCCGAUGGAUUGAGGGGAGCAACUAUGGCAUGGGAUCCCUUGAAGGUGAUGAUCACAAGAGAGUGCGCAAAAUGAUGCUCCAUGCGUUUACCCCGGCACAUAUCCGCAGUCUUCAUCCGACUGUUCGCGAAUACGCUGAUCAAUAUGUGGAGGUCUUGAGGGCUGAAAGAAAGACCGCCGAGUACAAUCUCCUGAAGUACAAGAAGCAUGUCGCACUAGACAUAAUCGGAAGUGCUAGCUACGGCUAUGCGACUGGUGUAUUGAAGAAGCAGGAUACACCACUUGCCGUCGCAUUGGAAACAAUCGUCUCUCAGGUCUCCAAUGACACGAUUCGAGUCCCUCUCCCAACUGCGAUUCGAGCAUAUCUUCCGCGUCUGGAAUGGUGGCUUCUAGCAGACUCACGACUCUUUGAUCGUAAUGUCAAGCAACUGAGAAAGGUCGCAUACGAGGUUUUGUAUAUGCGCAAAGAGGCCCUUGGAGUCUUGACGGAAGCAGACCGCAAACAUAUCAAGGAAGCUGGGCUUAGGAUCGACCGAGAGCGAGUAGGAAACUUUGCAAUGGGUAUCGAUGAUGACGCGGCGAUGCUCGACCCUGAUGAUCCUGACAAGUUGGACGACGAAUGGAUUCUCGCACAGAUUAUGGUACUUUUCUGGGCGGGCCAUGAAUCGACAGCCACCUCUAUGACAUGGCUCUUCUACGAACUAUCUCGAAACCGAGACAUUCAAUCCAAGCUCCGUGCUGAGUUGCUCGCCGCUGGUCUCGACUGCGAUGUGCGCACACUAUUGCAGCUCCCGUACCUCAACGGCGUGGUCCACGAGUCUCUGCGCUUGCAUUCGACCUCUGGACAGAGCAUUCGCCAUGCGUUUGUGGACGACGUCGUGCCGUUGGAGAAGCCUGUUAAUGGCCAUAAAAGGCUGGUCAUCAAGUCUGGUCAGGAGGUGGUGUUCAACCAUAUGACCAUGAAUUGCCGCCCAGAGGUGUGGGGCGAGGAUAGCAUGACCUUCAACCCGGAGAGAUGGAUCAACAUGUCCACUGCUGCAAAAGAGGACACUAUGCCGGGUUGGGAGGGUGUUGCCAACUUUGGCAGCGGACACCGGCAGUGUGUUGGAGCAGGAUUUGCAGUCAUGGAAAUUAAAGAAAUCUUGCUCCGACUGUUGACCCACUUCGAGUUCCUGCCUCCGGAUGAUCCUCUUGAACAGGAGAUUGAAGGGUGGAACCGCAUGUUGACGAAACCGUUUGUCAAGAGCGAGGGCAAGUACGCCAUGCCCCGUCUCCCAAUCAAGAUUGUUCCUCUCACUGAGUAA